AUUUGAAGAAAAUUGUCGAAUUAGCACAGAAUGAUGAGGUGGAGUCAAUUGUGUUGAAAAGAUAUGGAAGGAACGCUUAUAAAAUGUUCAGAUUACUGUCAAAAACUGGUUGCCUCGUUGAGACCGAGAAGAUUUCAGAUACCACAUUUGUUGAAAAGAAGGAAGCACCCAAGAUGCUUUUUAAGCUGUGGAGUGAUGGGUACUUGCAUAUGGAGAAAAUAACUGUUGCGGCAGCUAGACAAUCACAAUUCUUGUUGUGGAAAGUUAAUAAGCCCUCUCUACAGGAACAUGUACUAGACGAGAUGUUCCAUGCUGCUUUAAACUUGAGUAAACGAGUGGCUUAUGAGCGUGAAAAGGAAAAAGAGCUUCUAAACCUCCCAGCAGACAAACAAGUUAUGUCACGAGAGGAAAGACAUAAGCGACGAAGAAACGUGGCGUUCGUCCUGGAAUCAUCGCUGCGGGAGCUUGACGAUGCUGUCAUGCUUUUCCAUGAUUUUGAAGAACCAUCACUGCUGAAGCUUAAUUUCUGAAUGCAAGUCCUAUGGAUGUGUUUCUGCUGACAUUUCUUUAAGUGAAGGUGGAAUAAGUUUUACGUUUAAACCGUUCAAUACUUGAAUUAGUGUAUAUAUAUAUAUAUUUCUUAUUUUACACUUGAAUAAAUAAUAUUCCAUUUAUGAAAGAAAAAAAAUAGAUUUAUCUUUCGUCCCA